GAAUCUUAAUUAGAAUUGCCCGCCCUGUCAACGCCGAUCUCCAAGUCGAACUCACUUUGCAAUUAUUGACAAUCAAAGCUUAAACUGCUUUCUCCUCACCUGUCCGCCCCUCCUUCUCUCUGCCUCAAGCCACAGAGGUAUAUUAGGGUUUCUUCCCCCCUUUUGUUCUUCGUGUUUCUGUUUUGCAGCGAGAGAAAUCUGCGAAUCUGCCUUGAAUUAGGUUUAUUCCGCAAUCGUAAUCGAAGUCGACGACAGCGUUUCCUUGUUCUUCCUCUUCAUAGGGAGCGCCAGAUUCUCGGUCUUGUUCGAGAAGGCAUCGCCAUCUACUAUAGAAGUCUUCCCCGUUCUCUUCGUAUUGAAUGAUUGCCGUCGUCUGAGUUUGUGUAACUUCGAUGGACUCCAAUGGUUGGAGAUCUGCUCAAAGUGGUGUUGAACCCACUAUGGAUACUGGAAGCAGUGGCACUGAUUGGAGGAACCAAUUGCCACCCGAUUCACGGCAAAGGAUUGUUAACAAGAUCAUGGACACUUUGAAGAGGCACCUUCCUUUUUCUGGACAAGAGGGACUUCAAGAACUCAAGCUAAUUGCAAGUAGAUUUGAGGAGAAGAUCUACACCGCUGCAACAAGCCAGUCGGAUUAUCUGAGAAAAAUAUCUCUGAAGAUGCUGACAAUGGAGACCAAAUCCCAAAAUAACAUGGCCACUAUCGUACCUGUGAACUCUGCCAGUAAUAGUAAAAAUCCCUCAGAUGCAGGAUCCCUUGGUAUGCAGUCCCAUGGCAACCAAGGACAAGCACUUCCUAUUCCAAUGGCAUCUAACCAGGCUCAAGCACGCCAUCUAUCACAGAACAUUCAGAAUAACAUGUCAGGAGUGCAAGGUUCUCCAGGUUUAACAUCAGCACUGCCCCCUGUUGGUGUUUUACCGCCCGUUACUGUGCCAAAUGUUGUUGGUCAGCCCUCCAAUUUACAGAAUGUCUCCGGAGUUUCACAGAAUACAGUUGGGAAUGCGAUGGGGCAAGGGGUUUCUUCUAGCAUUUUUGCCAAUACUCAGAGGCAGAUCACAGGAAGGCAACAGCAAGUUGUUCCCCAACAACAGCAGCAGCAGCAGCAGCCACAAAAUCCGCAGCAUUAUCUUUACCAGCAGCAGCAGCUUAUGAAGCAGAAAUAUCAGCAGGGAAGUAUGCCACACUCUCACAUGCAAUCUCACAUGCAGCAACAACAGCCACCGCAGCAACAAAAUUUGUUACAAUCUACUCAGUUGCAGUCUUCUCAACAAUCUGUUAUGCAACCUUCUGUCAUGCAACCAUCUUCUGUUCAACAGUCAGCACAACCUAUGCUCCAGCAAAACCCACAAUCAGUCCUCAGGCAACAGCAACAACUGCAGCAGACUCCCAUUACUCAUCAACAGCAAACCUCCAUGCAGCAGCAGCAAUUGAUGGGGCAGCAGCCAAAUUCUACAAACAUGCACCAGAACCAGCUAAUUGGGCAACAAAACAGCAUCAGUGACAUGCAACAGCAGCAGCAAAGGUUGUUAGGCCAGCAGAAUAGCAUUUCCAAUCUCCAGCAGCAGCAACAGCAACAGCAGCUAAUGAGCCAGCAAAACAACAUUCAGAAUAUCCAUCAGCAGCAACAGUUGGGUUCACAAAGUAACAUUGCUGGCCUACAGCAGCGGCAGCAGCAGCAAUUGCUUUUAACACAAUCCGGUAAUUCUAACAUGCAAACUAAUCAGCACCCAGUCCACAUGCUACAACAAUCCAAGGUUCCACUGCAGCAGCAAGGCCAGCAAGCUGUCUCUACUUUGUUGCCAAACCAGGGUCAACAGUCGGAAUCACAGCCGCCACCGCAGCAGUUGAUGUCUCAAAUUCAAUCACAGCCUGGACUUCUGCAGCAGCAAUUAGGUCUGCAACAACGAGACAUGCAGCAAAGGCUUCAAACAUCAGGUCCGUUACUUCAGCCACAGAAUGUUAUUGAUCAGCAGAAGCAGCUAUUUCAAUCACAAAGAGCCAUUCCAGAGGCAUCAUCAACUCUGUUAGAUUCUACAACUCAAACAGGAAAUGCAAAUAAUGGGGAUUGGCAAGAGGAGGUCUACCAGAAGAUUAAAGCCAUGAAGGAGGCGUAUUUUCUAGACCUAAAUGAAAUGUACCAGAAAAUUGCUGGUAAACUACAGCAGCACGAGUCUCUUCCUCAGCAACCAAAAAGUGAGCAACUUGAGAAGCUCAAAGUGUUUAAGACUAUGUUGGAGCGCACUAUUACAUUCUUACAGGUUCCCAAAACUAGUAUUUUACCUGCUUUCAAGGACAAGUUGGGUGCAUAUGAGAAGCAAAUACUUCACCUUCUAAAUUCAAAUAGGCCCCGUAAACCUGGCCCGCCACUGCAACCUGGGCAACAACUCCCCCCACCUCAUAUGCAUUCCAUGCAGCAGACUCAGCAGUCACAGUCUCAAAUUACUCAGCCACAUGAAAAUCAAGUUAACCCCCAGCUACAAUCAAUGAACGUACAGAGUUCUGUAGCAUCAAUGCAGCAGAACAAUGUGCCAAGCCUUCAUCAUAAUUCCUUGUCUUCUUUAUCAGGGGUUUCAAAUGCACCCCAGAGUAUGAUCAAUUCACUACCCAGUUCAAAUAUUGACUCUGGUCAGGGAAAUGCACUAAAUACUCUACAACAAGUUGCUGUAGGAUCCGUACAGCAAAAUCCUGUGAGUGCUACUCAGCAGGUAAACAUCAACUCCUUGUCAUCACAAAGUGGGAUAAAUGCACUGCAGACAAACCUUACUCCUCUGCAGUCAAGUUCCAAUAUGCUCCAACAUCAGAUGAUGCAGACACAACUGAAACAACAACAGUAUCAACAGCAACAGCGGCAACAUAUUAUCCAUAAACACCAUUUGCUGCAGCAGCAGCAGCAGCACCAGCAACAACAACAGCAGCAACAGCAGCAGCAGCAGCAGCAGCAACAACAACAGCAGCAGCAGCAGCAGCAGCAGCAACAAUUACACCAGCAAACUAAGCAGCCGCAUAGUGCACCUUUGCCAGCACACCAAAUGGCACAACCUAAUCAGAUGAAUGAUGUAAAUGACUUAAAGAUGAGACAGCAGAUGGCUGUCAAAGCAGGAGUUUUCCAGCAACAUCACUCAGUGGGCCAGCGUUCAGCAUAUCACUCUCAGCAGUUGAAGUCAGGAGCUGCAUUUCCCAUAUCUUCACCACAACUCCUCCAGGCUGCAUCUCCUCAAAUGCCACAGCAUUCUUCUCCCCAAAUUGACCAGCAAAAUGUGUUGACUUCCCUCACAAAAGCUGGAACUCCUUUGCAAUCUGCAAGCUCACCUUUCAUUGUUCCAUCUCCUUCAACUCCUCUGGCUCCUUCUCCAAUGCCAGGGGAAUCUGAGAAAGUUAACCCCGGUGUUUCAGCACUCUCCAACACUGGAAAUGUUGGACAUCAACAAACAGCUAUAGCAGUAGCACCUGCCCAAUCCCUUGCCAUUGGCACUCCUGGGAUAUCUGCCUCGCCUUUGCUUGCAGAGUUCUCUAGUCCGGAUGGGAAUCAUCUUAAUGCCCCAACAGUUGUUUCUGGCAAGUCAAAUGUUAAAGAACAGCCUAUCGGACGCUUAACUAAAUCGGUAAAAUCAAUGUCACCUAGGGCAUUGAGCGCCUCAGUUAAUGAUAUCGGAUCAGUUGUUAGUAUGAUCGACAGGAUAGCAGGAUCAGCACCAGGUAAUGGAUCUAGAGCAGCAGUAGGUGAAGAUUUGGUUGCCAUGACAAAGUGCCGCCUGCAGGCAAGAAACUUUGCCACACAAGAUGGGAACUCUGGAACAAGGAAAAUGAGACGCUACACAAGUGCAAUGCCGUUGAAUGUUGCAUCAUCUGCUGGCAGCUUAAAUGAGAAUUUCUUGCAUUUGGCUGGUUCAGAGGCAUCUGACUUAGAAUCAACUGCAACAUCUGGUAUCAAGAGGCGUAGGUUGCAGGUUAAUCAUGCCCUUUUGGAAGAAAUAAGGGAGAUAAAUCAGCGUCUUAUUGAUACAAUUGUGGAUAUAAGUAGUGAAGAUAUUGAUCCAACUGCAGCAGCUGCAGCAGCGGCUGAAGGUGGUGAAGGAACCAUUGUCAAGUGCUCCUUCAGUGCCAUUGCUCUCAGUCCAAAUUUGAAGUCUCAGUAUGCUUCUGCCCAAAUGUCACCGAUUCAGCCCUUAAGGUUGCUUGUUCCCACAAAUUAUCCAAAUUCUUCCCCGAUAUUGUUGGACAAGUUUCCGAUUGAAAUUAGCAAGGAGCAUGAGGAUCUAUCGAUAAAGGCAAAGUCGAGGUUUAGCAUCUCUCUCCGAAACUUGUCACAACCAAUGUCACUCGGUGACAUUGCAAGGACUUGGGAUAUCUGUGCCCGGGCAGUAAUAUCUGAGUAUGCGCAACAAAGCCACGGUGGGACUUUCAGCUCAAAGUAUGGAACUUGGGAGAACUGCUUGAGUGCUGCUUGAAAAACUACUUCAGAAUGGAUGGGUGAGAGAAUUUUGGACUUUGAGCGAAGCUGUUGCUGCUGUUUGGACAACCCAUCAUUCUGGGAUUCCAAAGAACAUGGCUUUAGCGCUGUGUGUACAUUUAGGCCUGUGAAACGGUUGCCAGUUUGGCCGUGUGGUAUAUUAUGUAAUUACUUGUGUGCUGGGUUGUGUUGCCAUGGAUCUCCUAUUGGGUGAAAGAUAAGAGAUAUUGGCUAUACAAAUGGGAAUAGAAUUGGGGAACAUGAUCCAACAACUUGAACCUCUUUUUUAUGUUCCAGGGCAAGUGCUCAACCUAGGACAAGUGGCAUUAGAUUGAAGACAGUUUUAAUUUUGACCAAGCUUUCAAUAUGGAGUAGCUUUGGUAAA